CAAAAAUAUUCUUCAAAGCGCAGUUUGCUGUCAAAAUUAAGUUGUAUUCAAUAGUUGUAUUAUAUAAUUCUGUUUAAUAGUUUCACAACAGCAUUUUUAAAAUAAAAUACGCUUUACUGUGUAUGUGUUUUCGUUUUUGAGGUUGUCACUACUGAAUUGUACUAACAUCAAAACUUGUUUAUAAAUGCUAUUAAUAUAAGCGCUUGAAAAUUACUAGUUCAAAAUUGAAAGAAUGAUUGAUGAUGUUAUUGGUUGCUCAUCUGAUUACAAAGGUGUAAAUAUUAUUGAACGGUUUGAAAAGUUAAAUAAAUGGCAGGAAGAACAAAAAUGUCUUUUACAGGAAAGACAAAGCAAACAACGUGAAUUGCUUGAAAUGGAACAAAAAACUAUUUACCAAAUGAUGGGUUUAAUGUGUGGAGAUCGUGGUCUAGAGAAUGGAUCAGAUAAAGUAUGUGAGGAAAAUAGUGGUGAACUAAACCCUGGUAAGCAAUUUGGGCGAACAAUGCAUGAGGUUUUUGAAAAAAUUCUUAAUACAUCAGAAAAUGUCGAAAUUGCAGAAUCAAAAGUGCAAAGGAGGCCUUUUUUAAAGAAGGGUGAAGGUAUAAAAUCACGUUUUAAGGUUGACCCAGAAACAUUUCGUAUAGAUAAGUUACCGUCGUACAAAUAUGCUAAAAAAAAAAAGUCAUCACUUAAAAAACGAGAAAACUGUAGCAAUUCUACUUCUAACGUAAAAGAAAACGUCUUAGAGCGGCUAGAUGAGGAUGGUAAAUGUUUUCAGCAUCAGCUUAUAUGUAGUAAAAGUGCUUUAAAGUUAACAUCUAAACUUGAUGCUAAAUCAAGUUUAUCAACUGGGAAAAUGAAUCCAGAGAAAUAUGACAGCGAGUAUGAAUUUGAAAGGCAUAGUUCUGCAGAAAAUCUUAAUUCUUCAAUUUGUUCUGAUACAAAAUUAAAACAGCCAAUAAGCUGGGCUAAAGUUCUUGAUUCACAAAAUAUUCAACCAGUUUCUUUAAAACAAAUCCGCCCAAAGAACAUUUUUAAUGAAACGGGGCAGGACGACAGUACAUUAAGUAUUUUUGAAUUAAUCGAAAAAAAAUGCGAUGAAGGCCCAAUUGACAUGAAUUAUACACCUAUUAAGCGUUUUUUAAAAAAUAGGGUUUGCUAUAGAGUACAAGAACAAGAUGAAAUUCCUGUAAGUGACAAGAUGAAAAAUGUCGGUAUAAGUCCAGAAAUUGAUAAAUCUCCAAAUAAAGAUGAUUCUGAUCAAGAAGAUACAAACGACUAUAUGGACGUGUCAAGCUUGUGCAUUCCUAUUAAUGUUGUCAAUAAAGGAAGUGGUGUAAAGCAUAAUCAACAAGUACGAUUCGCAGACGAAAUUGAUAAUAGUACCGUGUAUAGUAAUCAAUCGGAGACUUCAAAUUUAAUUGAAAAUGACUUAUUUAAGCAACAAGAUAUUUUUAAAAAAUUUCAAGAGGCAUUGAUUUUUACCAUCAAUAACCAAACAGAAAAAUCAGAUAAUGAAAGUGUGGACAAUACAAUUCCUCCUAUUUCAUCUGACCCUUUAAUAAAAGAAUUGCAGGAAAAAACAUUAUUAGUUAAAACACAUUUAGAAGAGUUGGAGAAGGAAAUAGACACUUUUAAAACAAAUAAUAAAGAACUCAUUAAAGCUAAACAAGACCUAGAACAAGAAAGAAAUCAACUCCACGAAGAGCAAGCAGAAUUACUCGAGCGAAUAAAGGAUGAAAAAAUACAGUUAGAGAUAUACUUGCAUGAUGAACGAAUGAAAAUUGAAGAAGAUAAACGUAAGUUUGAAGAAAAAAUUCGUAUGCAAAAAUCUUCAACAUUUAGCAAAGAUCGUAAAGAAAUAUCUCGAAUGAAACAGGAGAUUGAGGACAUGAAAGUUCAGAUGAAACAAAAAGAUCAAGAUCAUACAGCAGCUCAGUCUCGCAUGAGAGCACAAGUGCGAAAUUUAGAUAGAGAACAAAGACAAUUAAUGGAAGAAAUUGAUCGAUUAAACAAGGAAAAUAAGAAAUUACAAAAUGAGAAUUUAAGACUGAAUAAUGACAGUAAUAAAAAAAUGUUACAGGAAAUUAAUAAGAACAUUGCAAAACUAACACCUAAAAUGUCUACAAACAAUGAAGAAAGUUAUGGUCGGCAGAAAGAAACAAAAGUAAACACAGCUGCUCCGCCAAGAAAUAUUACAAAUAAAAGUUUACAACAGAAGUCUCAUAAGCAGGUAAUAACAAAUACGCAAGUGAAAUUGUCUGAUCAGUCAGCAACCGGCAUUUCAUUAGAAUCUAACGAAAAUGUUGAUCCUAAAAUUACUUAUCCGUCUUCCGGAAUUCCUCUUAUCGAAGGACACAAUCUUAUUAAAAAAGAUUCACAAAGUAUAUCUCAAAAUAAUGGAGAUAUAAAGCGUGAAAUAGUUAACGCAGAUGGUAGUAGAGACAUUUUGUAUCCGAAUGGAAAUGUGAAAAAAGUUUCAGCAAAUGGUUUGCUGACACGAAUGCUUUAUUAUAACAAAGACAUUAAGGAAACUGAUAUAAAUCAAGGUACAGUUAGGUAUUAUUAUGCUGAGACAAAUACUUGGCAUACGACUUACUUGGAUGGUUUAGAAAUACUUGAAUUUCCAAAUGGACAAACAGAGCACCGUCGUAAAAAUGGUGUUGUUGAAAUACAUUUUCCGAAUAAUUCUAUUAAAAUUAUCAAUCCGUUAGACGAAAAAAACUUGGAAGAGUGGAGAUUUGUAGACGGAACAAAUUUAAUAAAAUUGCGUAACGGUGAUAAAGUUAUUGCAUUACCUAAUGGUCAAAAAGAAAUCCACACGAAACUAAAUAAAAGGCGUGAAUAUCCCGAUGGAACUGUAAAAUUAAUUUAUCCAGAUGGUAGACAAGAAACAAGAUAUUCGAAUGGACGUAUUCGCUUAAAAGAUAAAGAUGGUAAUCUAAUUAUGGACUCUGGAGUAUGUUGAAAUUUAUGUUUUAUAUUUUAUAAAAUUAAUAUUCCAAUGAAACUGUGAAUUUGAUUUGUCUAGAUAGUAGACUAGAAGCAAGAUAUUUAAAUGGUCAUAUUCGCUUAAAAUAUAAUUUUAUUAUGCACCUUGGAGUAUGUUUAAA